AUGGCUAGCUGCGGUGAAUUUAUCAAAAAGCAAUUUCCUCUAAUAGACGAAGAGUUAAAAAAAUAUAUUGAAGACAUAUUAGACAACAGUGCCGGAGAAUUUGAAGAUACCGAGGAAGUGUAUGAGGCGGUCGGAGAAAUCUUCCAAGGAAUAUCCGAAAAAACAGAAGAUGAUAUCAGAGAAAUAUGUGAGCAACUGUUAAACAUGUUACAACCAGAGAAGUCUGCUAAUACAAAUGGACCUAGAAAAGUUUUGGAUGCACCAAUACAUUUGGCAUCAAUGGCAAAUCAUGUACAUGAAACAGAGGACCUCAAGAGUAUAUGGCUACAGACAAGAGAUGAUAGUUUUAAAGUAGAUGCUAGGAAGUUAGAGAAAGCGGAAGCUAAAUUGCAACAAAAACAGCAAAAGCAGAAAGAUGCAAAAGUCCCAAUCAAUAUCCCAGUUUUACAGACAGCUACAGCAUCCCAGGUUACUUCAAAGAAAGAUAGUAAGCUAGAAGCAAAAGGCACCAAUAGAACUCAAGACAUAAGGAUAGAAAACUUUGAUAUAGCAUAUGGGGAUAGAGUAUUAUUACAAGGUGCUGAUCUAGUUCUUGCGUGUGGAAGACGAUACGGCUUAGUUGGGCGUAACGGUUUAGGAAAAACAACAUUACUACGUAUGAUAGUUAGUAAACAGCUGAAGAUACCUUCGCAUAUCUCCAUAUUGCACGUGGAACAAGAGGUGACCGGUGACGAUACAAUAGCGUUACAGAGUGUUCUAGAAUGUGACAUGAUUAGGGAAAACCUAUUGAGGAGGGAGAAGGAAAUCACAGCGGCUAUCAAUAACGGAUCAGCAGACCCAAAUCUGUCGACAGAGCUGAGCGAGGUUUAUGCACAGUUGGAGAAUAUAGAAGCGGACAAGGCGCCCGCGCGUGCCUCCAUCAUACUUAGCGGUUUAGGGUUCUCACCUGAGAUGCAGGCAAGGGCCACGAGGACGUUCUCUGGUGGCUGGAGGAUGAGGCUGGCACUUGCGAGGGCGUUGUUUUCAAAACCAGACCUCCUACUACUCGACGAGCCCACAAACAUGUUGGACAUCAAAGCCAUUAUUUGGUUAGAGAAUUAUCUGCAGAAUUGGCCCACUACGCUGCUUGUGGUGUCCCACGACCGCAACUUCCUUGAUACUGUGCCCACGGACAUAAUGCAUUUACACACGCAACGGCUCGACACGUACAGAGGAAAUUACGAACAGUUCCAUAAAACCAAGACGGAAAAGCUUAAGAACCAGCAGCGUGAGUACGAGGCACAACAACAGCACCGUGCGCAUACGCAGGAGUUCAUAGACCGCUUCCGCUACAACGCCAACCGCGCCUCUUCCGUGCAGAGCAAGAUCAAAAUGCUGGAGAAGCUACCAGAGCUGAAACCUAUUGAGAAAGAAGUAGACGUGGUCCUCCGGUUUCCAGAGACAGAACCACUUUCCCCACCUAUACUACAAUUGAACGAAGUUGGGUUCUACUAUUCAAAAGACAAGGUCAUAUUCUCGAAUGUUAAUCUAGGAGCCACAUUAGAAUCCAGAAUAUGUAUAGUUGGUGACAAUGGUGCCGGAAAAACUACGUUAUUAAAGAUCAUAAUGGGCAUCCUCUCGCCCAGUAGUGGGAUCCGCAGCGUGCAUCGCGGUCUCAAGUUCGGCUACUUCUCCCAGCAUCACGUAGAUCAGCUUGAGAUGAACGUCAAUUCCGUUGAGCUGCUACAGAAAAGUUAUCCAGGCAAAAGCAUAGAAGAAUACAGAAGACAGUUGGGAAGUUUCGGCGUGAGUGGCGACCUAGCAUUGCAAACCGUCGCCAGUUUGUCCGGGGGUCAGAAGUCUAGGGUAGCGUUCGCGCGAAUGUGUAUGGGCAAUCCCAACUUCCUCGUGCUUGACGAACCUACUAACCAUUUGGACAUAGAAACCAUAGAGGCGUUGGGCAAAGGCAUCAAUAAGUACACGGGUGGAGUUAUUCUGGUAUCCCACGACGAAAGGUUAAUACGAAUGGUGUGCAAAGAACUGUGGGUGUGCGGCGGAGGGUCUGUAGCUAGUAUAGAGGGUGGAUUCGAUGAGUACCGCAAGAUAGUUGAGAGAGAGCUCGAGGCACAGAAUAAAUAGGAAAAUUAAAAUACACGUCGGGAAAUGAUCGUAAAGUCAGCCAUCUUUAAUAGCACCUAGAUUAACCAUUUAUUCAGGCUGUUGAAUUUAUUUAAGCUUGAGUUAAUCAUAUAAACUCAUAACCGACCCACUACAGGGCACAGAUCUCCUUCCACUAGGAGAAGGGUUUAGGCUGUAGUCCACCACGCUGGUCCAGUGCGGAUUACUGGACUCCAUACGCCUUUGAGAAUAUGGAGAACGCCUGC